CAGCACAACAUCAGCAGGAGGAGGAGGAGAGGCUCCCCCCACUGCAGUCAGGCCAGGAGGAAGAUCUGGAUCUUUUGGACCUGGAUGCCCCAGCUGGGGGAGAACAGUCUGCAUCUGAUGUUGGGCCAACAUUGAUGCAGCUGGAUCGGCACCCCAUCCACCUGGACACAGCCCCCUUCUCGAGCUUGGGGAAAGGCUGUUGUUCCAUAUGGAUAGAUUAUGGGAGCAAAGGAGGCUUUCUAAUGUGCCCACUAAUCUAGAAGGUUUACUGGGGCUCCAACAGACAACCCUGCUUGAACUUGUCACUGCAGUCCGGGCUCACACUGCAGUGCUGCAGGAAAACACUGCAGUGCUGCAUGAUAUCCGGGCCUUAUGUCAAGCAGGGCUUGAUCAAAAUGCACCUUCAACCAGAGGCUCACAACCCCUGUGCAGUAGUUGUUUGGAGCCAAUGCCAAGGGUGCCACACAGUUCUCCUGCUGAAAGUGGUGGGGAAUCAGCAGGGGAACAAGCUUUGGAGGUGCCGAUUUUGGAACCACCCACUCUGGUGCAGCCCCCUCAAGAAACCACACCACAAGUCCAGUAUGCCUCCUUCCCCAUGCCUCACACUUCUGCACCUUUCUCACAUUCAACU